CAUCAGUUUAGUUCCUUUCUCGUAUUUUCUUUUGUUAUUCUUUCUUUCUUCUUCGAUCACGAAGAUGAACGGGUUAUCGUAGAAAGUAGGAUGAUGAAGAAGAACGUUCUGAUGCUAGCGAGAUCGCUCGGGAAUACGAGGAUUAAUACCUCAAUCGGAAUUCUGAAAAUUGGUCAUGGCAUUGUAGGAUCAAGGCUUCGGCGCUGGAUUUCUUCCGCCGCUGCUGAUGGCAACGGCAAGAGGUUCGCCGCUUUGUGGGGAAACGGCGAUUUCGGGAGGCUGGGACACGGCAGCAUUGAAUCACAGUGGACUCCUAAACCUUUGCUACCUUCCGCUUUUCAUAAUCAGAGCCUCCGCGACAUCGCUUGUGGCGGUGCUCACACUCUUUUCCUCACGGAAAAUGGCAGUGUUUAUGCUUGUGGUCUCAAUGAUUUUGGACAGCUAGGCAUUUCAGAUGAUAAAAGUUAUACUACCGAACCAGUUCGUGUUGCGGCACUUCCCAAAGACAUUAUAAAAAUUUCUGCGGGUUAUCAUCAUUCUUGUGCUAUCACAGUUGAUGGUGAACUAUAUAUGUGGGGAAAGAACUCAAAUGGACAGCUUGGCCUCGGAAAAAAAGCUGAUAAAGUAGUUUCAGUUCCUAGAAAAGUUGAAAGUUUGAAUGGACUAGCUAUAAAAACAGCUUCCUUGGGCUUUGAGCACUCAAUUGCUGUUACAGAUAACGGUGAGGCCUUGAGUUGGGGUGGGGGAGGCUCUGGACGACUUGGUCAUGGACUUCAUUCAGGAAUUUCAGGAGUAUUAAAAAGUAACAGUGAAUAUACACCAAGGCUUAUUAAGACACUUGAUAGUGUGAAGGUUAAAGAGGCUGCUGCUGGGAUGCUGCAUUCUGCCUGCAUAUGUGAGAAUGGAUGUGUAUAUACUUUUGGUCAAAGAGCUAAGGAGAAAUUUGGCUUUGGGGAUGCUAACUAUGAUAUGGUACCAUCUAUGAUCUAUGAGUUACCAUUUUCUGAAACAAUUGCAUGUGGCGGUUAUCACACAUGUGUUGUUACAAGUGGUGGAGAGCUGUAUACAUGGGGCUCUAAUGAAAAUGGUUGUCUUGGAACUGGUUGUACAGAUGUUACUCAUUCACCUGAAAGAGUCCAAGGUCCAUUAUUGAGAGAUCCUGUUUCCAAGGUAUCUUGUGGUUGGAAACACACGGCAGCAAUUUCUGGAGGCAAUGUUUAUACAUGGGGAUGGGGAGGUUCCCAUGGGACAUUUUCUGAAGAUGGGCAUUCUUCGGGUGGACAAUUGGGCCUAGGAAACGAUGUUGACCACAUAGAGCCUACAAUGGUUAACUUUGAGAUUGGGGCAAGAGCAUUGCAAAUAUCUUGUGGAUUCAAUCAUACAGGUGCUAUAGUUGAAUAUACAUGAAUAACACACCAUUCUUAUUACAAGUCUUAGAGAAACAGGUUUGAAGAGUGCCGAUCAUAUUGAUAUUAAUAGUAUACGGCGUAACUGUUAUCAUUAACGACAUUAAGUGUGGCAGACAUUUAUGGCAAUGUAUCGUCUCAUCCAGGGAAGUAAAUUGUGGCUGCAUUUUAGCAUCCAAUAAUGGCUCUCAUCAAAUCUUACCACUUUUUUAAGGCAAAUUUUCUUGAGACU